UCUUUUUACUCGUUCAAUUUUUCUGAAAUCGCCGAUCGACCAGGGUUUGACAGCAAUGUCCGGGGGGAGCGGUUGUACCACUGAGAUCGACGAAACUGGUUCCCCUAACCCCGAGUGCUCUUGUCACCUGUCCAGAUUCUGGCAUGCUCUCGUCUCUUAUUUCCCUUUCAACUUGUGUGUUCUAAUGUCUGAAUGUUCGAAAUGUAUCUUGAUUGGGGUUGCCAAUCAAUCGCUUUCUUCCCCUUUUUACCUUUUCUCUUCACUUCUUGGGCCGGCUUCUAAUAGUUUCUGCGCUCGACUUUCUUGCCUCUUUCCCCGCUGUCUUCUCCCGUCUCUCUGUCUCCCUCUCUCUACGGAUCGAUGCGUGUUGAUCGAAACCCCAACUUCCUUGUACCUGUUUUUUCCUCAUACAUAGACCCUGAUGGACCCUCUCUCUCUGUUUCGCUUGUUAUCGUCAUCGCUUCGCUGUGGAUCGUCACUGUAUCGUCUACAGAUUACUUAUAUUUAACCCUUGUAUCAUUAUGUCCGUUGUGGAUCAAAUGAAGAUCAAAUGAA